GUUCCCAAGAUGGAGAAAAUUUUUGAUAUGGAGAAAAUGGAGAAAAUAAAUACCAUGAAAAUCCCAACUGUCGCUGAUAAUUUGAAAACCAGUUUUAGGCGGAGGCAAUUAGAUAUUCAAACACAAUUUCAUAAUCUAUAAAGGUUAUGAAUAUAUACUUCAUAAGAAAGGUAAAAAUGCUACUUAUUUUACGUGUAGAAAAAGGUGUGGUGGCCGAGGAAAAUUGUUGGCAGGUUACAAUUUUAUCAUAAGUGUGAAACAUGAUAUAAAUUGUAAGUCAAAUCAAGAUGCCCAACCUUUACCAAGUAUAAUAUUUCAUAACAUACAAUUCCAAAUAGGUAUCUCUCAAAUUAUUGAAUUAAAAGUUUCUUUUACUACAUUUGUUUUAUUUAUUAAUUUAAGGCUCAAAUCCUCAGCUUAAUGGCAAUAAUGAUGCACAGGCUUUGCUCACUGCCAUUGAAAAUGCAAAUUCAAUACAAUCUCCAAGCAACUCUCUAUUAAGAGAUAGCCAUGCCUUUGCUGUUGAAAAUGCAAUUUCAAUACAAUCUACAAGCAGCUCUCUAUUAAGAGAUAGCCAUGCCUUUGCUGUUGAAAGAAUAAUUUUUUUUACCAAUUAGUUUUUAAUAAAUUUAAUGAUUUUAGAUGCAAUUUCAAUACAAUCUACAAGCAGCUCUCUAUUAAGACAAAGCCAUGCCUUUGCUGCUGAAAAUGCAAAUUCAAUACAAUCUCCAAGCAACUCUCUAUUAAGACAAAGCCAAGCCUUUGCUGCUGAAAAUGCAAAUUCAAUACAAUCCACAAGCAACUCUCUAUUAAGACAAAGCCAUGCCUUUGCUGCUAAAAAUGCAAAUUCAAUACAAUCUCCAAGCAACUCUAUUAAGACAAAGCCAUGCCUUUGCUGCUGAAAAUCAAAUUCAAUACAAUCCACAAGCAACUCUAUUAAGACAAAGCCAUGCCUUUGCUGCUGAAAAUGCAAAUUCAAUACAAUCUCCAAGCAACUCUCUAUUAAGACAAAGCCAUGCCUUUGCUGCUGAAAAUGAUGAUGAUUAUCAAAUUGAUGUUGCUAAUACGUUAAUUGAUUUACAUCAAUACAGUCAUAGCCCUCGUUUUAUAAAAAGCCAACAAGGAAAAACAUUGUUAUUUUAUAACAAGUUUUUGUACAGAAUUGAUCAUAAAAAGGAUCUAAUUAUUUAUUAUCGGUGUCGAAAUAAAAGCUGCAAAGGUAGAUGCAAGUUUGAUGGAACGUAUUCUAUCACUUGUCUUUAUUCCCAUCAACAUGAGACAUAUUUUUAUGAAAAACUUAGGACUAAAGAGGUCUUAGAAAUGGUAGUAGCAGAAAAUCCUCUCGAGACAAGAUUAGCUAUUUAUGAAAAAGCUAUGGUGAUUCGUUGCUCGGAGAACUUGGAUAUUGCAGAUUAUCCAGAGGUUAUCCCUUCGUUUGUCUCUAUCAAAACUACUAUUGAUAGAAUUAUAAAAAAAUAUCGCCCUAUGUUACCUCAUUCUGUAAAGGAUAUUCAUUUGACUCCCGAAUAUACCUUAACCAAUUGGGGUUGUUAUUUUCAUUUUUCAUAAGCUUUAUGGCGAAAAUGCCAAACAUUGGGAUUAUCAUCAUCGUACAUGGGGCAUUCGGAUGUACAUAAAGUAGUCCGAAGAAUGAGCACACUCCCAUUCUGUAGGGAAGAACAUGUGGCAAUAGUACGUGAUACUUGCUAUCAAAUGGCUGCUAACAA